UCACCACCACCCCACGCACACUACGCACACCGUCCGACGCACCCGCACCUCUGAUCCCACCUUCUGCUGCGCUCCAUGUCGCCUCCGCGUCCCUCGUCGCACGCCGUCUUUCUCGACGCCUGGCGCGCGUGGCGCCUCGAGGCGGGCGACGAGCCGGCCUCGCUGCCUGCGCCGCUCCUGCUCCACGCCGACGCCGAGGCCGAGGCUUCGACUGCUCGCAAGCGCAAGCGCAAGCGCAGCAAGGGCGUGCGCAACAGCGAGCACAAGGCUGCAAGCAGUGCCGGCGGCGCAGGAGGAGGCGGAGGAUUCUUCGUCGAUGAGGAGCAGCAGCAGCAGCAGCAGCAGGAGAUGGGUGCUGCAGCAGGCGGUGGAUUUCUGCUCGACGACGACGACGACGACGACGACGACGACGAGGCGUCUGGCGGCUUCCUACCCGACUCGCCCUCCUUGCAUGCCGGUCCUUCCACUUGCGCCUCCGCCUCUACUCCCUCAGCUCCAGCGCCGAGCCACAUUCCGCUCGCGUGCAUCCCCGACGCGCUGGCCUCGCUGCGUCUACCUCACGCAGACCCCUCCGUCCUCGCUCUCUUUCGCGACACUGCCGUUGCGCUGCCCGGCGCAAAGGGAGCAGAGGCGCGCAGGCACAAGUUUGUAGAGAGGCGCAGCUGGGACGCCGUGGUGGGAUUGUUGUUGGAGGCGGAACCGCAGCCGGAGGCGCAAGAGGAGGGAGAGGCGAGGGAAGAGGAGGCAAGUGAUGAGGAAGAGGGAGUGAGACGUAGACCGCUGCGAAGGACGCGCAAGACGACCACACGUGCGUCACGCGGCCACCAAGAGUCGCAGGAGGAGGAUUCGCACGAGUCGGACGAGUAUGAAGGCAGCGCGCUCUCGGAGGAGCAAGAGGAAUCGGAGCAAGAGGAGAGCGAGCAAGACUACGACGACGACGGCGGCAAGCAGCGUCGUCGUCGUGGCAAAGGCGGCGCAAAGGCGAGCGCCGCCUCGACGUCGAUGUCGGGCAAGCGCAGCAAGACAGGCAAGCCUGCCGCCGCCGCCAGCACGGGCAUCGAUGCAAGCGAGUCCUCCUCCUCCUCGCAAGCCAUGCCGUUGACGGCAUCCCAACGCAUCUACGUAGAGGAAGCAUGGAAGCUGCUGCUCGACACUUUGCCGCCUGGCACGACGCGCGUGGGCGUCAAGGAGCUGAAGAGGGUGUUGGGUGGCUUGGGAGAGAAGAUGAAGGAGGAUGAGAUUGAAGAGAUGAUCGUCGAAGGCAGCAAGCUCUGGGCGCCCUUUUCCGCACGUCCUCGUGCCUCCGCCGUCUCCAGUCGUGCGAGUGCGAGUGCGGCGACGACGGAUGUGGGCGUUGAUGAGUGA